UGGCGGCGUGCGUGGCGGGCGUGGGGCUGAAGAAGGAUCAGCAUGUGAAGGCGGCGCAGGCCGCGGCUGCUCUUGCCGACUGCCUGAAGCGCUUGCUGCCCUCCAAGCGCCCCGCGGAGGUGCUGGGCUCGGACAAGGUGGCUGCAGUGGCCAAGGCGCUCGUCACGCUGCGCAGCCUCAGCCCCGCACCGCCGCCUCGGCUGGAAAAGCCGCUGAGCCGGUUGGCGGACAUCCUGGCGCUCGCACCACUGCUUGAGAAGACGCAGCCAGAUCCCGCUCUGGCGGCGCGGAUUGUCAAGGCGAAGCCGGGGACUCAGCCGCAACAGGAGAAGAAGGGGAAGGGGAAGAAGGAGGGAGGCAAGGAGGAGGAGGUGAAGGUGGAUGGUAAGGCGGUUGUUAAGGUGAAGGGUGGUAAGGAAGAGGAGAAGGGGAAGAAGGAGAAAAAGGAUAAGAAGGAGGAGGACAAGGCGGGGAAGAAGCGCAAGGUGGAGGAGGAAGAGGAGGAGAGUGGUAGCGAUGAGGAGGAGGAAGAGGAGGGUGCGUCCGCCUCCGAUGACGAUGAGGCGGGUAUUAGCUCGGAUGAUGGCGACGAGGAGGAGGAGGAGGAGAGCGACGGGGAAGAUGUGAAGCAGAAGCAGCAAGGCC